UGCUUUUCGGUAGUGACUUGUGUUAAGGUUGUCAGAGAUUGAGCGUCUGGCUAGCAAUUGGACUGAUCAUGAGAACUCAGCGCCUAAAAAUGAAACAAAAUGAUUCUCCAAGGCUCUGGAGAAAAAGACACGAGGGUGAAUUCCCAAAUAGGGAUAAUGAGUUGAAUCCACCAGACCCCGAAGUUGAUAUUCCCCAAGAAUUGGAAGAACAGGCAAAAAAUACAUUGGAAACUAUUUGGAGGGCGUGUGGUAUUGUGGGUAUGAGUGUGGCUGUGACUAUUGCAGGAUAUUCGAAUGCGUCGUCAGGAGUAUUUUAUGGGGCCCUAAUAGGCAUCGUAUCCUUCAAUUUAUUCUUGUUUUUUGGAAGUCGAUACUUUCGGACAUCCUUGGAAAUUUUAAUGGUUUUAUUAGCAACCUUAGUAUUUUGUGCUAUUCCUCUUUGCGUCUACAUCUUCCAAACUAUUGAGUCGGACGCCGAAGGAUUCCAUUUAAAGGUGACGAUUCGAAAAGGCAUGGGCUUUCUAGUAAGUGCGUGUUGCAUUGGCCUCUUCAUAACAUCCUUUUGCGUUAUGAAUGAUGAUAUGGAAAAUGAAAGUACCAGUAGCGAGAAUAGCGAAAAAAGUAGCGACUCAAUGGGCGGAUAAAAAAAUCCCUCCUUACCAGCGACCCUAAAUUGCGGUUUCCAAAUUUAAAAUAUUAGCUAAAAACUUUCAUAAUUUUGAAAUAAUGUUAUCGAAAUCAUACAAAUCACAGAUUCCUUUGGAAUCUUUGAUAUUUUUAUACACUCUCCUAAAUUGGUACAAAAUAUCGGACUCAAAUUAA